GAGGCGGGCACUGUAGCCCUCAGUUCUAAAAGCUGCCGGUCGUUAGUAUGCCUUUGUACAAAAGGACUAUUCUUAUCUCCAAGUGUUCAAAUUCCUCACAAAAUCUCAUCUCUUCAAACGCUGAGAAGCAGAUUUUUCUCCAUUGUACGGAAUGGCAAAGGCUAUAAAAAUGUCCGCUCCCUUAAAAACGCGGUUUAUUGGCGCAUCCAUUUUUCCUGCCUGUAAAUUUGAUCCUUGUAAUCAAAAUAUUUAGGACUGCUUGCACAGAUGGCUUCGGGAAGCACUUUUGCGCAUGAGCAAGUUUAGUGAUUGACAGUAACCAAGGCGGGGUAAAGGACUAAUAAGUGGCCGUCACAGGAAGUUAUGAAUGAUUUGAGAAACAUUAAAGAGACUUUGCCGGCAUAAUAAUUUAGAUUUUAAGAUCGAAGGGAGUGAAAGAGAGCGGAGUUCACUCAGAGCGGAAAUGAGAGGGCUGGUACUCUGGCAGGCGGAGUGAGACAGGCGAGUGUGGACUCUGCAAAGACGCAAAUUUACUGGUUCUGCCUUUUUAUGCCUUUGCCUUCUCUCCACAACAGUCAGUCAUGACUGAGUCCUGGUAUGCAAUUACAGGGAUCAGUGUCAUUCGAGGAUGUGUCUGUGGACUUUACUCAGGAAGAGUGGAAUCAACUGGACCCAAUUCAGAGGAGCCUAUACAGAGAUGUGAUGCUAGAGAAUUAUAGCCAUCUUGUCUCUCUGGGGUAUCCUAUUACCAAACCAAAAGUGAUCACCUCUUUGGAGCAAGGAAUCCUCGAUAUCAUAAAGAGAGAAAUCCCGAGUUCAAGUUGCACAGACGAUGGCCAAGCUGAAGACUGCCUGGAGUGGCAUGAGAAAAACCAAAAUGCACACCUGGAGCAGGCUAUAUCCAUUGUUGAGAAAAAUGUGACUGAAGAAAGAAGCUGUGAAUAUGAUGAAUUUGUAAGCCCACUUCCUCAGAACACAUGGGUAGUUUCUUCAGGACCCACACCCUAUAUGAAUAACUCAUUUGGGAAAAGUGUUAAAUAUAAUUUAAGUUUACUCAAUCCUAGUAGUCUGAGCUUUGCAGCUCAGGAGUGUUAUGAAUGUAAUAGAUGUAGGAGAUUAUUAAUUCCUAGCAGACAUGAGAUAAAUGAUGGAAAGAAAUCCCAUGACCAUAAUAUGUAUGGUAAAGAUCAUAUUUAUAACUUUGUUCAGCAUGACUUGACUCAACUUGGAGCCAGAAACUAUGAAUGUCCUGAGUGUAGAAUAACCCUCAGCCCAAGUUCAUUCCUUAUUGUUCAUCAGAUCACUCACAUAGGAGAAAAGCCUUAUGAAUGGGCAGGAUGCAGAGAAACAUUCAACAACACAGCACACCUCAGUCUACAUCAAACAAUGCACACAGAAAAGAAGCUCUUUGAAUGUAAUGAAUGUGGCAAAUCCUUCAGAGAGGAAUCAACCCUGAAUAUACAUCAAAGAACACACACAGGUGAGAAACCAUAUGUAUGCACUGAGUGUGGCAGUGCAUUCCAAGAAAAAACAAAUCUCAUCAUACAUCGAAGAACUCACAAAGGCGAGAAACCCUAUAAAUGUACAGAUUGUGAGAAAACCUUCAACCAAAAGGCACAUCUAAAUGUACACCAGAGAACACACACAGGAGAGAAACCUUUUGAAUGUACUGAUUGUGGCAAGUACUUCAGAGAGAAAUCAACACUGAAUAUACAUCAAAGAACCCACACAGGAGAGAAACCAUAUGUAUGCAAUGAAUGUGGCAAAGCCUUCAGAGAAAAGACAAAACUCAUCAUCCAUCAGAGAACUCACACAGGAGAGAAACCCUAUGAAUGUUCAGAAUGUGGGAGAGCCUUCAACCAGAAGGCUCACCUUAGUGUACAUCAGAGAACACACACAGGAGAGAAACCUUUUGAAUGCAACGAGUGUGGCAAAGCUUUCAGGGAAAAAUCCACACUACGUAGACAUCAAAGAAUUCACACAGGAGAAAAACCUUAUGUGUGUUCAGAGUGUGGGAGAGCCUUUACCCUUAAGCUGAGCCUCAGUGCUCAUCAGAGAAUUCAUACAGGGGAAAAAACAGACGGAUGUACUGUAUGUGGGAAAGUAUUCUCCCGAAAAUCAUACCUUCUGUUACAUCAGAGAGCUCAUACAAGAGAGAAAUUUGAAAAAUCAUAUGAAUGCAAUGAAUGUGAUAAAGCAUUCUUCCAGAAAUCAUAUCUCAUUAUUCAUCAGAGAGUCCACACAGGGGAAAAACCCUAUGAGUGUAAUAUAUGUGAGAAAUCUUUCUCCCAAAAAUCAUAUCUCAUUAUUCAUCAAAGAACCCAUACAGGAGAGAAACCUUAUCAAUGUGGUAAGUGUAGCAGAGCCUUCAGAGAGAAGUCCAAACUCACUGUACAUCAGAGAACUCACACAGGAGAGAAACCCUAUGACUGCUCUGAAUUGGAAAAAAACCUUCCAGAGUUCAAAGUUCAUCAUGGAUUAGAGAACUUAGAGAUAAGAGAAAACAAAGAAUUGAAAAUGGAAAAUCUGUCGUAGUAAAAUCUAAGAAAAUGAAACUGCUGUAGUUAGGAUGCUUUUCUGAGGAUAUGUCAGUUGAGCUUAAAAUUCAGCAUCAGCCAUAUUGGGGGAAGAUCAUUCUGGGUAAAAGGAAUAGGAACAUCCUCUUUCUUACAGAAAAACUUGGUCUUCGUACUUUUGCAUCAUGGAUCUAUUGGCUGAUCAUGUCCCAUCAAAGAGGUUGCUCAAUGCUGAAAUUGUUUGAAGUCUUGAAUGUAUGAAAGCUGUUAGCCAGAAGACAAACCUCAUCAUAAAUGUGGGCAUAAAUAUCAAAGGAAAUUCAACUAAUUUCAAUAAUCAUAUUUCCUCAGAAGUGAAAUAAGGAAAAUAUAUGUUUCAAAAUUCAAUAUCAAACUCUCAUAGAAAAAUAAACAAACACUUAUUAGAAAAAGUGGUUUACCAAACAAUUGCAACUUAAAGAACUAAACAUAAACAUUAAAGGAAUAACAAAGAAAAUAUUAUAAAAUUCCAAAUUAUUAUAAUAGUCAGAACAAUGUAAAGAAGAUGCCACAAGAAUAUCAAAUUUCAGUUUUAAGCCGAAAUUACAGUUGAUAAUGCCAGUAUUUCUACCCCAGCCUGAUUUGGGAGAACUAUAAACUUCCAAGAAGGACCAUAAGCUGCCUAAUACACUUUAGAAGACCUGUUUUUUGCACAAAUUCAUUAGAGUUUAUUUCUGCUGUUUUGAUAAAUGCCUGCCACAUUCAGAAUUCUGUCAAUAGCCAGAAUGGUGACACCCUUUAAGGACUCCCAUGUAGAUGUGAAAUUUGGUUAUCUAUACUGAUUGGGGCAAAAUAUAGGAGAAUUCCAGUUGACAUUAAGGAAGGGAUCUUGAACUCUCCUUGCCAUGCAGUGACAGCUAGCAAUUUUUAAUAAUCAUCCCUGUUUAUUUUUCAUGAACACUGAAAUCAAGGCUUUGUGUAGCUGAGUAGACACCCCUGACCUUGAACUACAAAGGACAUAAGCAACUACUUCAUGAGAAUAGCUACUUCCAAUAGGACUACCCAGGGAAAUGAGAGCAAGUGGCAAAUUCUUCACAGCUUUGUUCAAUACAAAAACUGAAACCCAGGCACUCUGUAAAAAGAAAUCAUUGCUUUGUGCAUCCAUUGAAUUCUUUGCCUAAAUUCCAAGUCUGUCAUUUGCAACUUUGGAUUUUUAUUAUGAAAAAGAUAAUGGGAUUUUGGGGCUUAGAAUGGUGGGAAGAUGUGAAAAAAAUGUGAAUAGUUUAAAUUAUCGGUUCAAACUAUGUAAGCUGUAUUUAAUUUCAUUCUCCACUGAAGAGACUGUAAAUGUCUUAAAUAAAGACCCUGUAAUUGA